CUCUCUAAUAAGGCUUUCUCGAAAUAAGGUGCACGUACGAGAAGAUCUUUCUCACGUCAUUUCGCUCUCGUGAGGGAAAAAAGCGUCAAUGGGGAUGUUUUUUGAUUUUUUUUCUUCGGGGAUUACGUAUGGACGAAUAAUCGAGAGAUCUCGUCGAAAGUUUAGUUGUUGUGCCACGGAUUAGAAAAUAUAUUGGAAACUAUCGGAUUGAGAAUUGUAAUGUGAAAGCACGCGAUAUAGAAAAUAUCCGCCAAUAGGAACGGGAAAUAGAAAGUGUCCACCAAUAGGACUGGAGAAUAGAAACGUUCUUAGCCAAUAGAAGCAGGGACUCGAUUCUUGAAUUGAUGGGACGUGAUAUUCAAUGAUUUAUAUAUUCACAGCCAGGUUUUGGAAUGAAUGAAGGAUGACACGUGAGUUUGUUGCCAGACAAUGCAUCUAAUAAUUAAUAUAAACGUAAUUAAUUGCACGAAAUAACUGUGAAAUAUUGCGUUUAAAGUACGUAGCCAUCUGGCUUAAAAACGUGGACGUGGAGGAUAUUAGAAAAAAAGGUUACGUCUGCCGAGUGAAUGCAGCAAUGGCGACGGAGGAGCAUAAACGCUUAGCUGAUGUAGUGAAGGAAACUCAUGCCCUGUUGCGGACGGAAUAUCAUCAAUAUGGCGCCGAAGUCGCGUGGGAGCGUCAUAUGGCGCGAAAUGACGUUUUACAGAAGUAUGCUACAUCUAUGCAAAAAUUGGCCACUAAAUACUGGAAGGAGAAUGAUUCGAAGAAUGGAACAUACUGUAGAAUGUUGUGGAUAAGAACCCAGUGCAAGGAGUACUUUCUCAAUGGUGGUAAAGAGAAGUACGAUAAGAGAGAACGGGAUAUAUAUGCUAAAAUGACUGGAAAAAAGUUGGAUGAAAGCUGUACAAACAACAGUGAUGAAGACAUCUGUAUGGAAGAUCAUUUAAAAAAUGAACCAAAAAUAUCAGUACUGGAUGUAGGAAGUUGUUACAAUCCUUUAAGCGUCGACGAGGCAUUCGACGUCACCGCGAUAGAUUUAAUUCCGGAUUCAACAGGAGGAAUUUUUCGCUGCGAUUUUUUAAACGUCGCGAUCGGAGAGGAGCGAAUUCUCUCGCGAGACGCGCGAGAGAUUUAUCAGCUAGCCGCAAGGUCAUUCGACGCCGUGGUGUUUUCCUUAUUACUAGAGUAUCUGCCAUGUCCGGAACAGAGAUACAAUUGCUGUAGGAAUGCGUACGACGUGCUGAAGAUAGGCGGCCUGCUACUCAUUGUGAGUCCGGAUUCGAAGCACGUCGGAGCAAACGCAAGGUUGAUGAAGUCUUGGAGGUACACGCUGAGCAGAUUGGGAUUCAUGAGGAUCAAAUACGAGAAGCUACGUCACAUUCACUGUCUGGCGUUUAGGAAAUGCGCCUGCAAAGACGUCGCCACGCGAUGGUGCGAGCUGCAGCGUUUUUCCCAGGAUGAUAGGAAAUACAUAUCCGAGACAGAGAUUUUUAUCCCACAGGACUUUCAGACCAUUUGUUUCGAAGAGGAAAGAGGAGAAAAGUCAGUUGAAUACAAUGAAACUGAUCUAGCGAGUACCUUUUCUGAAUUACCAUUUGAUAAUGAAAUGUAGUUUAAGUCUUCGAUGGAUUAUUCACGAGCCAUCUGAAAAAUGUUU